AUGGACGGCGCGGCGACGCUGGCGGCUGCACGGUCGGUGACGGCGCUGGCGGCGCCGCUGCUGGCGGUGCUGGCGCGGGCGCCCGCCCUGCUGGAGGCCGACGGCAACUCCAUGUGCCCCGCACUCGCCGCCAGCCUGCUGUUUGCCGCCGCGCGCCGCGGGGCUGGCACAUCGCUGGUCGUGUCGGCGCCAGGCUCCGCGGCGGCCGUCGCCGCCGCGCUGCGCGCCGCGUGCGGCGCCAAGGGGCGCGGGAACGGCGACCGCGUGCACCUGCUGUACAACGCGGCGGCACUGGCGGCGUUCUGCACUGCUACUGACGGCGGGGACGUGUGGGCUCUCGAGGUCGCGGCGCCGCGGCACGGCGCGCUGCGCGCGCUGGUCAAGGCCGCGCGCGCCGGGCCCGCCGCCUUUGCGGCGCCGGCCGGCGGCGGCGGCUACGCCGAAGGCUCCAUCGUGCCCGUCGACCCCAUGGCUCUGCGCACGCAGGUCGCGUGCGCCCUUGGCUCCAUCUCCUUUGCGCUGAGGGACCCCUACGAAGCCGCAGCCAUGGCCGCCGCGGCAGCCAGGGACGCGGCCGCGGCGGCCCUGCCGCCAGAUGAUGAGCUGCGGGCCCUCGUGUGGGGCGGCCUUGCGGCGGGCGGCCGGGAGGGGCUGAGCCUGGCGCGUGUGAUGGCCCUGCGCUCGACCGUCGCACAGUGUGACCUGGCCGCCACGCCCGGCGCGCUUGCCUGGCUGGCGGCGGCGGCCAUCGACGGCGCGGGCGACCCCGGCCCCGCAGGCGUGACGUCAGGCAAAGCGCUGCAGGUGCUGCACACACUCAGCGGCGGCGAGCCGCAGCGGCCUCCGGAGCGCGGCUGCGUGCCGUGCACGGACGCCGGGGCUGAUUUUGCCCUGCUAGGUCGCAUCACCUCUUAG